AUGCGCGCAAUCACCGUAGAGGCAAGCGUCGACUAUGAUGGCAGCCGGAUCAUUCACCGACAGCACACUCUGACCUUAGCUAUGAGGAGCUCGGCUGGGCUCGUGGCUGUCCUCUUUUGCGUCGCGCAUGCCUCUGUAAUCCAGCAGACCCCCUUACGAGCGCCUGCAGAGUCAAGCUACCUGGCCAAUAUACCCAUCCCCACUCGUCCGCUGGAAUGGGGAGACAUAAACAUUAUCUCCACGACGGACACGCAUGGAUGGUGUGGCAGGUCUGCUUUGAUGUACGCACUUUAUCUUAAAGAUCUUCAGGCUUCUGGGGCACCAGAAAAAGUCGUUCCCGGAGCCGAGUUACAGGUGCAUUCCGGAGCUCUCACGACUUUCGUUCACGACCAAGAUGCGUUUAUAGUGGAACGUGGGGAAAAGGAUGUCGACCUUCUGCUGGUGGAUUCCGGAGACUUGCAUGAUGGAACGGGUUUGACGGAUGGGUUUCCUGCGGGGGGAGUGGACGCUCGAGAUUCCAACGAGUUUUUCAAGCAAAUGCCAUAUGACGUUCUUGCAAUUGGAAACCACGAACUCUACACGUACGCGAACACUUUGGACAUGCACACCAACUUUGCGAAGCAUUUCGGCGAACGAUAUCUCUCAUCCAACGUGAAUAUCACCAUUUUCGACGCCAAUAACCAGACUGUCAGCGUUCCCGUUGGAAAAGGUCGAAUCCAUGGUGCAGGAAUCUUGGCCAUUCAGGAAGAACCGGAUCUGUUCCUUCUCGUUGGACAUAUGCCAGCACAGAACGAUGUGAGCAAAUGGCCUUUGGUUUCUUCGGCUAUUCGCAAAGUCCACCCCACCACACCAAUCAUGAUCUUCGGAGGACAUCUCCACAUCCGGGACUGCAUGCAGCUCGAUGACUAUUCGAUGUCAAUCGCAAGCGGAAGAUAUAUGGAGACUCUCGGUUGGAUGAGUGUCAGGCUUGAUGUCAGCAAGCCCAUCUUCAAUCGCCGUUACUUGGACCCGAAUGUCAACACAUACAUGUAUCAUUCUGGCCGAACGCUUGAUGAUUUCGAGACACCCAAGGGACGAGAUAUCACAGCGGGUCUCAACGAGCUGGCAGACCGGUUUGGGCUGACGCAUGUCUUUGGCUCGGCGCCUCAGGAUUAUACCUUAAGCCGAGCGCCGUACCCAUCCAACGCUUCGCUCCAAACACUAAUCGUGGAAGAGGUCGUGCCGACAGUACUUACAAUGAACUCCGAUCGAUCAGGAUUACCUUUCCUAUUCAUUAACAGCGGGGGAUCCCAGCGGUUUGAUAUCUUGCAAGGGCCAUUCACGUCUAACGAUCAGUUCACGGCGACACCAUUUGUCAACCAAUAUCUAUUCAUUCCGAAUAUCCCAUUCUCCGUUGCGAUGAAACUGACCCCAGCCAUGAAUGCGGCUGGCGCCGAGAGAUUCUGGGACGCGGAAGACACCAUGUGGGCCACGGAGCUGAACGUCGAACGGCAGUACGUCAGGUCGCUGAUGGCUGGUGCGAGACUGCAGAGUGAGGAGGAAGAGCUAACGCUAGGAUACGUUACCAGCGAUAGCUGUCCCGGGGAUGGCGACGACAUCAAACAUACACCUGUCCCCGUUUAUCCAUUCCCCGACUUCGUCGAAUCCGUGGCACCCGUUGUCUCAGACCCGGAUGCGCCCAUCGAUCUCAUAUUUGUCGACUUCAUACGGGCACAGCUCAUCCGCACGUUGAAUGAAGUGCAGAACGAGCGUGUGUACUCGAUGAAGGACGCCGGAAUCUACAGCCCGCGUCCCAACUCGCGACAUGCUCGAUCCAAGCUCCUCCCCCUUUGCUCAACGCUUGUCACUCAAAUGACAGGGCUGACUGAGCAAUCUAGCGACGACGAUGUUUUCCAGAACGCGCUGGAGCACGCGGUGAAGAGUUUGGAGAGUACAACACUCAAUAAAGCGGCCGCCACCGUCGAUUUAGGCGUCAUCGACCGACAAGUUCACGGACGCGUGCAGAAGGCGAAAAUUCACUCACAGGACGCCCUUGCAGAGGCGUUGAAGACGUGCUAUAUGCGACUGAAGCAGCAGGCUGGGAAGGAUAAGGAUCUAGACGGGGAGAUUCAGAGGUCUCGUCUCCCGGACCAUCUUCAGUUUCUGAUAGCGCUCUCUGCUUCGGUCACCCCGACAACCUUGGCUUAUGCCGAACUUUAUCUCGAGGGGAUUCAAAAUCCACCCUCAGUCACGGCCCCAUUGACCUGGGCGGAUGUCUUCGGUGACGAGUCGGAAGACGACAUGGGCGCAAAGAGUGAUAGCAGCGGAGCCUCACUUUCCCCUGACGAUUAUCUGGAUGAAGAUGAGCACGAAGACGAAUCUCUUUCUUCCUGGAGUGACGAAGAGGAGCCCGAUCGUCCUGUCGACCAACCUGUCGCUGGACCCUCCCAUCGACUGGUUCACUCUCUAUCACAUCGUCAUGAGGUGGAGCAACUGCAAGCGAAACAGUACUGGAGAGACGAUUAUGUCCGGCCGAGCAAUCUGCGAGACAGAGCUCCCGAGUUCGAUAUCGCAGAUGCGGAGACGUUGGGCCCUGCUUUGAAAUCUGUUCUGGCGCAGGAGCUGGGUGCGACUGACAUCCAGCGGGAGACAUACAUUGACGAAAAAGACAUGGUACGAGAGCUCUUGAUAGCUUCUCAAGGUCGCAAGAAUAUGUUGCUGGAAUUCGUCAACGGGUCGUUCCAGAUCAACUCUGCGGCGCCUCGGCUAAGUCAUCUAUCGCUCACCUCACAAACUUCCUUGUUAUCCUAUAUCGCCAAAAUUGCUACAUUAGCUCACCAUCUACGCGAUUUUGUUGCUUUCGUCUUCUCAUCAUCGAGCUCAAUAGCAAAUCGCCGCGGCACCCAAAUGACACGAACUAUGGAAGCAUUCGCCGACGCUAUCGACACUGAAAUCCGCAGUCUGGACCAAUGGUGUGCCGCACGAGAAGAAGUCAUGGCUUGUGUGCCAGCCUCUGGGAAACUCGUCGUUAGCCUGCUCAGCACUCAAAAGGCGCUCCAAGACGAAUUUGCCGACGGCGUCCAUGCACUGAUCGACAUUGUUGCUGUCGUGAGCAUUCGCGAGUACAGGGCAUAUGUGCUCAAAGAGCAGACGACCGCCAUUCUGUUAGAUGCGUUGCUGGAUAGGGUGCAGGUCUAUCGGGAUCGAGGGGAUAGUUUGACUGCGAACAUGCUUUUACGCGUGUUCGGUCGGUGUGCAGAGCCGAUCUGGGCAAUGACCGCUCGCUGGUUGCGAGUCGGCAUGAGCCUCGUUGGCAAGGAUGAACUCGAGGAGGAGUUCUUCAUCGAAGCGAGUGGGCUGGCUGUUAAUCUGCCUGGGAUAGGCGGUGGACUGCUCGAUCCGGAGUUCUGGGCGGAAGGAUAUCUGUUACGGAAUGAAACAACUAUCCCCUCUUUUCUUGCGCAUGCAGUCGCUCUGAUACUGGGCACAGGCAAAGCUGUGGGCUUACUGCGAGCGCUAGGUGUCUCUCCACCCGAAAUGGGACUGCGCCCCUUCAAGGAUCUCCUCGACCAGCAGCAUUCUGCGCAAGCGCUCUCCCGGUUAGUUCACGAAGAAUUGUCGCCUCAUUACAAGGUCGCCGGCAGUCUUCUUUGUCGGACGUUGGUGAACGAAUGCGAUCUCCAUCUCCAUCUCUCUGCCGUGGAAGAUUUGUACUUGAUGCGAAGGGGUGACGCGAUGAGUCACUUUACAGAUGUCGUGUUUGCCAAGAUGGACAGUAGCCAAGCGUGGGGCGACUUCCAUUUCCUCAACACCGCCUUUCGCGAUGUCGCUGAAGUAGGAACAGAGUGGAUCCAACCCUCUCUUGUACGCCUUUCCUACCGUGGCACCAGUGGCAAUCGUUCGAUUAAAGCGUUGAACAACCUUCUCGUCGAAUACGCCGUCCCGUUUCCCGUUGCAUACAUCUUCUCUCCGGCGAUUCUGCAAAUCUACGGCGAUGUGUUUACUUUACUGCUCCAGAUCCGGAGAGCGAAGAGUCUCUUGGAUCGAAUUUUGGUGCGUAGAGGUGUCGUGGACGAGAUGAAGGCCUUCUAUGCAGUGCGGAGCAGGUUGAGCUGGUUUAUCAACACUUUACUUGAUUUCUUCACGACCCACGUUAUUCACGUUCAGCUGGUCAAGUUCCAUGAAACCUUCAAGAAGACUAGGUCUCUGGACGAGAUGAUCGAACUGCAUAACCAGCACGUCGAGAACGUUCAUAGCCGUUGCCUGCUGCAACCCAAGACUUCUGCCCUCCACCGUGCCAUUCUAUCGUCACUUGAAUUGGCGGUUCAGUUCUGUGACACUUUCGUCAGCCUCUCUGGAAAUAACACCCUCGAUGUCUCGCGCCAAUCCAUCUUGUCGACGCGUCAUCGGAGUCGGCGGCAGAAUGCCAAACGACGGAACGUUGUCGGAUUUGCCUCAGGGAUUCGAGACGAAGACAGCUCUGAGGAAGAUGACGGAGAUGAAUUGGACCCGGAGGCACAUGCGGAUGAUGUUUCGGAAACUGAAUCUUUGGCCGAAGAGACCCCCAUCGACAAACUGGCGUCGCAGCUGGACGGCUUGGUCAGAUUUGUCAGACGAGGAGUAGAGGGACUCUCCGGUAGCACUGAUGAUGCUGCCAGCACAUUCAGUGUUCUCUCGUUUGCUUUGGAAGAUUGGGACUUAUGAUACGGUACUCCAGAAUCGAGAAGUCUACUCGUUUCGUGUACGGGACUCGGGGGGCUCUCACAACGAUGUUCAAUUUCCCCGCAUUCCCUGAUAUUCACAAUACUUGGGGGCCGCACUGGAGUGUAUGCACCUGACUCUCUAUGUGUCUCACGCUCUGCUCUUGCUCGUCCACCAUAUCGAGUAGUGCUUUUGCUGCGCCGACGCAGUCACGACUGCAACAUCGUCAGUGUCAACAAUCCCCUUGCAUAUCUACAGAGUGGUACAUGGCAUACGUGCUUUUUCACGCUCAGGAGCUCCAGUUUUCCGCCGUGACAAUAAGUCUUAACGCUGGGUUUUGUGUAAGAACUGAAGAGUCCAUCGAGUCGCAGGGCGAGAGGAGCACUUGAGCACUGGCAAUCCGUGGACCGCCAUACGUUCUCCAUCUCUCUUUCGCUUCACGGCUGUUCUCACAUUCGCUUGACCAGUUUCGCCGAGUCCUUCCGUCUCUGCGGUAUAUAGACCUGUUAUGACCCGCAUAAUCGGCAUGCAGUUCCUGGAAGCGAAGCGAUAUAAACUCUUCUCUCUUAUCCCUUCUCUUAUUCAUCUUGUUUUAGGACGCAGAAUGAAUAUAUGAAAAUAUAAGAACAACAACAGUGUCCCUCAAGUACCCUCAUCGGCCACUGCAGACGCAGCAGCUAGUAUUACAUCGCCAGAUUGCCGAAAAUGGCCCGUGGCUUGGAUCCCGUAUGUGGACGAGUGACCGCGUAUGGCACCCUCGGCUGUUUUGUGGCAUGAAUGCAGCCAGAUUCAUUCUCCUU